AUGCAGUCGGGCACCAUGUCGUUUCUAGGCUAUCCUGCAUUUGGCGGUGCCACAUCCUACAGAACACAUUGUUAUAUUCCGGUAACAACUUCUGCUCCUCUUUCUUCUGAAGAAGUAAGCCCUGCCUUUGAACUCUGCUUACCCAGUAGCUGUCAAGGAGAUCUCUGGCUCCUGGAUCAAAGCCAAGAAUCCUAUUGUGAAGUACCAAGCUGCAACUCUCCGAGCUGUGAGCCCACGACCUGCGACACAAGUUGUGAUCCGCCAAACUCCUGUGGGCCCUGCAGCUCCCCAUCAGCAGGCCAGGUCAGCACUGCCUGUGAAAUCACCAGUAUCAGACCUACCCCCAGCUGCUGCCCAGGCACUCAAGCUAAGGGGUAUGUAUCCAGUUGCUACCCACCCACUCAAUACGUAUCCAAAGGCUGCCAGACACUUCGCCAUUUCUCUACUUCCUUUGGGCAACUUAACUACUCACACAGGAGUCUUUGGCCUCUAAAUUACUGUGGACUGGAGAACUUGGGGGUUAGAUCCUACCAAAAUCGUGGCUUUGUACCCAGUAGCUUCUCACCAUUAUGUUAUAUUGCCAGCAGUUACCAACCCCAAAGCUACUUAGUGAGAAAUUGCCAAUAUCCGAGUUAUGGGUUGACAAGGCGCCAACCUCUGAGCUGUUUACGUAGAAAUUUGCCAUCUCUGAGCUGUGUACCCAGUACCUUUCCACCUCUGAGAUAUUUAUGCAGUGGUAGCAGACCUCUGAAUUGCUACUGA